CGUAUGAGGGUGUGAGGUGGUGUGAGAAUAGCUCGCUGACGGAUUAAAUAUUUACCGGCAUUCCGGGAAAGAAUCUCUCCCCGCGAGCAAUAUCGUAAUUCAACAUGGCUUGGGUUCCCUUGGAGUCGAAUCCGGAGGUUAUGACGAAGUUCCUCCAUAAAUUGGGUGUCCCAAAGAAAUGGUCAAUCCUAGAUGUGUAUGGUUUGGAAUCAGAUUUGUUGGCGAUUGUCCCUAGGCCUGUUCUUGCUGUCAUUUUGCUUUAUCCUGUUCCUUCAAAGACUGAAAAGAUUGAAGAAGAAAAAGAAGAAAUUAAAGAUAGUAAAAACGAUGCUCCGGAUUCUAUUUAUCAUAUGAAGCAGUGUAUUUCGAAUGCAUGUGGAACGAUUGCAUUACUUCAUAGUGUAGCAAAUAAUUUGGAUGUCAUACAAUUGGAAAAUGGUUUUCUCAAAAAAUUCUUAGAUGAAACCAAAGGACUCUCGUAUGCUGAGCGUGGAGAGCGUUUAGAAAAUGCGCAAGAUAUAAUUGACACUCACAUGGAGUCUGCCCAAGAAGGACAGACUGAGGCGCCAGCUGAGGAUAUGGAGGUGUACCAUCACUUCAUCGCAUUUGUACAUAAGGAUAGUUCUUUGUAUGAGCUUGACGGUCGAAAAUCUGCCCCUAUCAAUCAUGGCUCGACCACACCAGAGACACUUCUAGACGAUGCUGCUCGUGUAUGCAAGGAAUACAUGGAACGCGAUCCCAACGAAGUGCGUUUCACAGUGGUUGCGCUCGCUGCCACCAGUGAAUAAACGGCAUCCUUAUCUUCAAGUGCAUUUGCCUUUAAGCUAAUUUAAGCCUAAAUAAUUUAUUUUAUACGUAAUAUAAUGUUAUAUUUCGCUUCGGCAACGCAUUUGUUUUGUCAGUUUUCUUAAUUGCCAGCUUUCUUGACACUGUGUAGAACGUUAAUGAAGAAAAAUUUAUACACAGUU